GGAGCUAAGAAAUAUUUCAAACGCAGUGAGCUAGCCAAAAAAGAAGAGGAGGCCUACUUUCAGAGAUGCGGCUACAAGCCUGUAAAUGAGAAGCCACCUGGAGAGGUGCAGCAGGAAGAGGAGGAGGAGAAACCACUGACUUCAUCAAAUCCAGUACUGGAACUGGAACUGGCAGAAGAAAAGCUACCAAUGACCCUUUCCAGGCAGGAGGUUAUCAGGAGGUUACGAGAGAGAGGUGAGCCCAUCAGGCUCUUUGGAGAAACAGACUAUGAUGCGUUUCAGCGCCUGAGGAAGAUAGAAAUCCUUGCACCUGAAGUGAACAAGGGCCUGAGAAAUGACCUGAAGGCUGCUUUGGAUAAGAUUGACCAGCAGUAUCUGAAUGAAAUUGUCGGCGGCCAAGAAGCAGGAGACGAUGACUCUCAGAAUGACUUGAAAGUCCAUGAGGAGAAUACUACUAUUGAAGAACUAGAGGCUUUGGGAGAAUCCCUAGGGCGGGGUGAUGAUCACUAUGAUAUGGACAUCAUAACAAAGUUCUUGAAGUUUCUUCUUGGCGUUUGGGCAAAGGAGCUGAACGCCAGAGAAGACUACGUGAAGCGAGGGGUCCAGGGGAAGCUGAACAGUGCCACUCAGAAGCAGACAGAGUCCUACCUCAGGCCACUCUUCAGAAAGCUUCGGAAAAGGACACUUCCUGCAGACAUCAAAGAAUCAAUAACAGAUAUUAUUAAAUUCAUGUUGCAAAGAGAAUAUGUGAAGGCCAACGACGCCUACCUGCAGAUGGCGAUUGGCAACGCCCCCUGGCCCAUUGGGGUCACCAUGGUCGGCAUCCACGCGCGGACGGGCCGCGAGAAGAUCUUCUCCAAGCACGUAGCCCACGUCCUCAACGAUGAGACUCAGAGGAAGUACAUUCAGGGGCUGAAGAGGCUCAUGACCAUUUGCCAGAAGCACUUCCCCACGGACCCCUCCAAGUGUGUGGAGUACAACGCGCUGUGA